AUGGCGCUUUCUAGUCUCUCUGGUAAUACCAGAAAAACUUUCCAUUUCAUUAGAGUCCCCGAAGGUGUUCCAGCUGGUAUAAGUGAAACAGUAUGUGAAGAGGAUGGCUCCUUAAUCACCAAUCUUCAACGACGGUUGGAGCGAUGCGCCGAACAUUUUGGCUCUCAGUAUUUUUGGCCCACAGCUCCAUCUGCUACCUCAGGCGCUCGCACUAGUGCCGAGUGGUCUACCCCUACAGAUCCUCCCUCUAACCAGGAAAUCGAGCAGGAACUCUGCCACAUGAAGCGUUAUAAAGCCCCCGGGCCUGAUGGUCCUCGCUCAGCACUAAAUAACUAUGGUGGCACUUCGAUGGUUCAAAAACUCCCUGCUUUGUUCUCAAAAGUUUAA